UGAAAUAAGUUUGAAAUUUUCUUUUUUUUUUUUUUCUUUAACUUGGCUGUGAGAUUUACAAUAUCCACGAAUUCUUAAAGUCAAAAGAAAUGAAAAAAAAAAAUUUAACUAGUUAGUUACAAGAAAAUUUUAAUUAGAAUUAGAGAAAAAGAGAGAGAGAAAAAAAAAUAUGACGAAAAAAUCAAAUUAAUUUUGCUGAAAAUAAAAAAUAUUUUUUGUAUAUUUUUUUAUGUGUGUUUUUUUUUCUUAUUUAUUAAUAUUAAUAUUGUGUUUGUCAACCUUAUGCUUUUUUUUUCUAAAGUUCUAAAAUAAAAAAAAAAAGCCUGAGUGCCCGUGUUCGUGUUUAAUAAAAGAGUGAAAGACGCGUGGUUGACAUAUUGAAUUUUUUUUUUUUUAUAUAUAUGUACUUAUGUAUUUCUGGAAUCACUAACGAAGAUUAAAAAUAUUAUUUUUAAAGUUAAUUAAAUUACAUUGAAUUAUAUGGAAAAAAAAAUUAUAUAUGAAUGAAUUUAUAAAAUUUAAUUAAAAAUAUAAAGAAAAAAAAAGAAAGAAAAUUGGUGGCCGAAUGUGGGGAAUGUCUCAUUCAUUACCAUCUGGAAUGGACACAGAUUUUACAUCAUCAUAUCCAGCUGGUGCAGGAUUUGGUGGUCCAGGACCAGGAAUGUUUAGUGGACCACAAAGAAGUAGUCGCGCAAUGUAUAAUGAUUUUCAAGCGAAUAGUGCAUUAGGUCAAAUGGGUCAUAUGGCAUCGAGUACAAGUAAUUUAGCUGGACCAGGUGGUGGGCCAUUACCAGUUGGUUGUAGUGGAACUAAUUUAAUUGUUAACUACUUACCGCAAGAUAUGCAAGAUCGUGAAUUAUAUUCAUUAUUUAGGACAAUUGGUCCAAUAAAUACAUGUCGAAUAAUGAGAGACUUGAAGACUGGUUACAGUUUUGGUUACGCAUUUGUUGAUUUUUGUAAUGAAACAGAUGCGCAAAGAGCUAUUAAAAGUCUAAAUGGUAUUACAGUACGAACAAAACGAUUAAAGGUUUCAUAUGCACGACCUGGUGGUGAUUGUCUUAAAGAUACCAAUUUGUAUGUAACAAAUCUUCCACGUACAAUUACAGAAGAUCAAUUAGAUAUAAUAUUCGGCAAAUAUGGACAAAUUGUACAAAAGAAUAUUUUAAGAGAUAAAUUGACUGGCAAACCAAGAGGAGUUGCGUUUGUAAGAUUUAAUAAACGUGAGGAGGCUCAAGAAGCAAUAUCUGCUUUAAAUAAUGUGAUUCCUGAAGGUGGUAUGCAACCAUUAACUGUUCGUGUUGCUGAAGAACACGGUAAACAAAAAGCUCACGUAUAUAUGGGUGGCGGUGGUGGUCUACAAACACCUAUGUACAACAAUAUUAUGCACAGAGCUGAUCGAUUUACUGGAUUAAUAGAUGGUAUCUAUAGGAAAAAGUCUUAUCAUUAUCCUUUCUUAUAAUCAUAUGGUUAUAAUUAUAAUUAUUAUAAUAACUUUUAGAUGAUUUUUUUUUUGUUAAAAUCUUGUUUCAUUUUUUUUCUAAUUUUGUAAACAUACUUUUUUUUCCAUUUUUAAUUUUGAAAUUCAUAAUUAAUUUUAUGUGUAAUUUUUAUUAUAUAUACUUAAAAAGAAAAUUAUUAUAUAAUGAGAAAUUAAUAAAAAAAAUUUAAAUAUAUAUAUAUAGGUAAAUAAUAUAUUAUAUAAAUAUAUAUACAUAUAUGUAUAAUACCAAAAAGUAAAAAUAGAA